UUAUCUCUCUCCUUUUUUUUCCUUUUUUUUUUCCUCAAUUACUAAUAAUUGAAUCUCAUCUUACCGAAGUCACCUAAACAAAUUACAUACCUUGUAAACACGACAGCUUCACCAUUAAAAGCUGUUUGCAUGCGAUCUAUUCAGGGUUACUAAAGGUAUCUGCCUAAAAUAACUAUGUUGAUAUAGCUUUGCUCAUAACAUUUCCUUAAAUCUCCUCCAUGUAUUCUUUAUAAUAUUUUUCUUAAUCAUUCUCAUCCUUCAUCUCCCGGCGCGAAUCGUUAAGUAUGGGAAACUAAAACUAAACCAACUUGGUGUCAAUUCCACGGUAGCGGAGCCACUAUCAUGCGGCCUUUUCAACUUGGGGUUACAGCGAGCCAUAGGUUCCUUGACCCAUCAAUGCAUGGCCUCGAUUCUAUCAGGGACAUUAUUGGCCAUUGGUUAACCGGACUCGACAUCACACGCUUAGGAUCCCUCGCCGCGUGCAUCGGCGCGGCCCCCGCAGCGUGGCGACUUCUAAGGACCGCUUGGCGUGAAGUGUAUGGUUGGGUCCGUCAGUUCUUCAUUUCCUCCGUAACGAUACCUGGCCGGGAUCCGCUGAACAGGCAUGUAACGAAUUGGGUUCUAGCAAAUGUCGUGGAAUAUCGAAGCAUACGGUCUUUUACGGCCCGCACACAUAUACAACCCGGUGCUGUCGCGGACCGAGCCGCGUUGCUGAAGAAGACUCGUCGCGACAUCCAGUAUCUGCCUCACUUCGAAACUGUAUGGUUCUGGUAUGAGAGAAAUCUGUUCGUGGUCAGGCGGUCGCUUGAUAGCUUUAACGCGUCUAUGACGGACUCUGCUUACGAUGGCAUUGGCGGAGAAGAGCUAACUAUCGGCUGCCUUGGACGGUCGACGGAGCCCAUUAAGAAGUUCAUUCAGAAUUGCCAAGAGUAUGCAGAUAGACAGGCGCAAUACUAUGUCAUUAUCUAUUCACGAGAUCGUUACGGCAUGUCCUGGCAGCCAAAGUCUCGCAAGCCGAUUCGUCGUCUUGAAACCGUUCAUUUUGACGAUGCCCUUAAGGAGGAACUCCUUGCAGACAUAAGAAAAUAUCUCGACCCCAAAACCAAGAAAUUGUACCAGAGUCGUAGCAUGCCUUAUCGUAGAGGUUACUUGUUCUAUGGACCACCGGGUACGGGGAAGUCAUCGCUAUCGACCGCUUUAGCGGGCGAGUUUGGCCUCGACCUAUACGAAGUUAAAAUUCCAAGCGUAGCGACCGAUCAGGACCUUGAGCAGAUGUUCCAGGAAGUUCCACCGCAAUGUAUUGUACUUCUAGAGGAUGUUGAUGCUAUAUGGGUGAAGCGCGAAUUAACAAAUCGCGACCCGCAUCAUAAUGAGGUCGCAUCGAACUGUACGCUUUCCGGUUUGCUCAACGUCCUGGAUGGAGUCGGGUCUCCUGAAGGCCGUAUCGUAAUUAUGACGACCAACAAGCCGAACCGAUUAGACAGCGCCCUAGUACGACCCGGCCGUGUCGAUAUGAAGGUUAUGCUCGGUAAUAUCAGCCGAAGCUCGGCUGAGCAGAUGUUUCUCCGCAUGUUCACGUCGGAUACCGAUAUGUCGCCAUUGUUGACAUCUUCGCGGAGGGAUGAUGGUAAACUAGGCGAGGAACCCAUUACCCAGGUAGGCCGAGAGCUACUAGAGAAGCUCGCUUCAGAAUUUGCGACGCACAUCCCUGAAGACACGUUUACCCCUUCUCAGUUACAGGGCUUCUUUCAACUGCACCUAGACAAUCCUAUGAAGGCUGCAUCGCAUAUUGCGGCGUGGGUUGAGAAGGAGUUAUCUGCAGUGUCGUCGGAUGACGAUAUCGAAAUUUUAGGGAAUGGGACGACCUAAUCUACUAGGCUCCUAAUGUAUAUGUAUGAUAUGUAUACAUUAGGGAGAUAUUGUAUCAUGUCAAGGGUUAUAUUAGAAUUAGAUGGGAUAGC